AAUAGCAUGUGACAGUGGCUGUCAAAGUGUGUCCGAAAACAAGAGCUCAAAUGUAAACAAAGCAUUCGCAGAGCGGAAAGAAAUCAACACUUUUGCGUAAAAUUAUUGCAAAAUGAAGCCUGUGCUUCUAUCUUUAGCUUUCCUGCUAGUCGUCAACAGUGCGGUAGCGUUCCGUUUCAAGGGCUUGGAGUUUUACAUGCAGCUGUGGAACGGUGAAUUUCUCGAGUCGAACUCCUUCGGUGGGGACAACGUUGCGAAAGUGGCCGAGAAAGCGGAGGCCGUCGUCGAAAAAAAAGCGCCCGUGGUCUUUGUCUAUAAAAGCGGCCUGUACGAUUACCUCACCUACUGGGACAAGGGGAUGUGCUCGCUGGAUCAAGGGAACGACCAGGACGAUUCGGACGGUGGUCGCAAAUCGCCGCUGCGCGUGAACUGUACGCCGCUGGAGGGCAACGGAACGCUGUACAUCAUCACCUCGCUGCAGGAUAUAGUGAAAGGGUUGUCACCGCACGCUGCCGCCACCAACGCGACCAACCGGAACGAGGUGAACAACUGCUUCCUGAUGCUGUUCUACACCAAAACCUGCAUCCACAGUGCGAUGGUGGCGCCCCAUUUUAACGCGCUCGCCCGCCACUUUCCCGACCUGAUGGUGACCGCGAUCGAUGCGCACAAUUUCCACUUUCUCAACGCGGAGUUCGGCAUUGUCGGGCUGCCGACGAUCAUGCUGUUCCACCAGGGCCGACCGCUGGUGCGGUACAACGGGACGGAAAUGACGCUACUGUCGCUGGCCAAGUUCGUGACGCGCCACACGGGCAUCGAGCCGCGGCUGGUGAAUCAGAAGAGCGGCACGGCGACGGUGCUGCACUACAUAUCGGACGAUUUUAAGGGCCCGCUGUCGAACAAGGUGGAGCACCGGACGGACUACUGGCUGUAUGUGGCGUGGGCAUUCAUUCUCGUCUGCCUGAGCUACUACUUCUCCAAGUCCACCCUAUACGCGCAGAUCGUGGAGAUGAUCAAACGAAACUGGCGAGAAUCGGCGGCCCAGCACGGUUAGAAAGUGGUCGGAAUGGGGGGGGGGGUGCUUUCAGUGGGAUUAGUGAGUGAUUGUUUUAGCUAUUCAGCUGUGUAUGCUAGUUUAAUUCUAAAUUUAAUAAAGUAGAGAUUUACCAAUUCAAAA